AAGCAAUAAGCUGCUCGCCACAGCCACGUGCUCUGUCUCUGUCCACUACUAGCGAACACAGACACCGCACCAGUUUUUCCCUCCCUUCCACCCAAAAAUUUUAGACGUCAUGUCCUCCCCCACUGCCCCUGCCUUCGAGGGUGCCAUCCCCUCGGGUGAUAUCCCCCCCGCCCAGCAGGCCCAGGGCCUCGCUCCCGCUGGCCACAGCGUCGCUGCCGACGCCGAAAAUGUCCUGAACAGGAGGACCCCUUCCGUCGCCCCCGUGCCCCGUCCCGCCGGCAGUCUCUAUCCCCCUGCUACCCUCAAGGGUAUCGACUACGAGGGCAUGCCUGACGAGCCCAAGUGGGAAGACGCCAUGGGUGAGCCCGACGCCGUUUUGGAACUUGCCGAUGGCCUCGCGCUUGCCGGUCACUCUUUUGGUGCAAAGAAGUCUGUCGCUGGUGAAUGUGUCUUCCAGACCGGUAUGGUCGGCUACCCCGAGUCGCUCACCGACCCCUCUUACUCUUCCCAAAUUUUGAUUCUCACCUACCCCUUGGUGGGUAACUACGGUGUCCCCGAGAGACCCGAUGUCGAGUCGAGCAAGGUCCCCACUUCCGAAGAUGCCCACAACGCUCUUCCCCCGACCCAUCUCCUCGACUCUUUGCCCCUCGAGUUUGAGUCAUCUCACAUCCACAUCUCUGCCCUUGUGGUGGCCAACUACCACCCCAGCUUCUCUCACCACCUUGCUUCCUCUUCUUUGGGCAAGUGGCUCGAAGAGCAAGGCAUUCCCGCUAUCUGGGGUGUCGACACAAGGAUGCUCACCAAGCGUCUCCGUGAGGGUGGUGUCCUUCUCGGUCGUGUCCUCAACAAGCAGGUCGGUACCGCUUCCGAGACCGAACGAGGCAGGGACACUGGUGUCCUUGGUGGUGUCCAGAAGUUGAUCAACGGUCUUUCUGCGCCCACUUCUAUGACCCGAUCUCUCUCUUCCGACAACUUCAACAUGAACUGGAAAGAGGACUAUGAGACUGUCCCGUUCUACGACCCCAACCACGAGAACCUCGUGGCCAAGGUGUCCACCAAGACCCCUACUGUUUACACCGCCAGCUCCAAGUCUGAGAAGAAGCUCCACCCCAAGACUGGCAGGCAGAUCCGAGUUUUGGCCAUUGAUGUCGGUAUGAAGUGGAACCAGAUCAGGUGCUUCAGAGAGCGAGGUGUCGAGGUCAAGGUCGUCCCCUGGAACUACGACUUCAAUGCUGAGUCUGAGCCUUACGAUGGUCUCUUUGUCUCCAACGGUCCCGGUGACCCUUCCAUGGUCAAAGAGACUAUCGCCAACCUCUCUAAGGCCCUUGAGACCUCCAAGGUCCCUAUCUUUGGUAUCUGUCUCGGUCACCAGCUUCUUGCCCUCGCUUCUGGUGCCAACACCCGAAAGAUGAAGUACGGUAACCGUGGUAUGAACUUGCCCUGUACCUGCGCCACUUCUGGCCGAUGCUACAUCACCUCCCAGAACCACGGUUACGAGGUCGACGUCACCACUCUCAAGAACGGCUGGGAGCCUCUCUUCACCAACGCCAACGAUGGCUCCAACGAGGGUAUCUGGUGCGGCAAGAACGGCAAGCCCUUCUUCUCCGUCCAAUUUCACCCCGAGUCCGCCCCCGGACCCCGAGACACCGAGUUCCUCUUCGAUGUCUUUAUCCAGAGCAUCGUCGACACUGCCCGCGAGGGUCGUCUCAUCUCUAUCGAUGUGCCCGGCGGUGAGCUUGCCGAUAAUGUCGCUGCCAAGCCCCGUGAGCAGGUCAAGAAGGUCCUCGUCCUCGGUUCCGGUGGUCUUUCCAUUGGCCAGGCCGGUGAGUUUGACUACUCUGGUUCUCAGGCCAUCAAGGCGCUCAAGGAAGAGGGUAUCUACACCAUCCUUGUCAACCCCAACAUCGCCACUAUCCAAACCUCCAAGGGCUUGGCUGACAAGGUGUACUUCCUCCCUGUCACCCCCGAGUUUGUGAUGAAGAUCAUCAAGCACGAGAAGCCCGAUGGUAUCUACUGUACUUUCGGUGGUCAGACCGCCUUGAACGUCGGUAUCAAGCUCAAGGACGACUUCCCCAAGCUUGGUGUCAAGGUCCUCGGUACCCCCAUUGACACCAUCAUCACCACUGAAGACCGAGAGAUGUUUGCUCGAGCUAUGGAAGAGAUUGGCGAGAAGUGUGCCGAGAGCGCCACCGCUGUCAACUAUACCGAGGCCCUCGAGGCCGCCCAGCGAAUUGGUUUCCCCGUUAUCGUCCGGGCUGCCUUUGCUCUUGGUGGUCUCGGUUCCGGUUUUGCUCACAACGAGGAGCAAUUGUCCGACCUUUGUGACAAGGCUUUCGCCACCAGUCCCCAGGUUUUGGUUGAGAAGAGUAUGAAGGGUUGGAAGGAGAUCGAGUACGAGGUUGUCAGGGAUUGCAGGAAUAACUGUAUCACUGUGUGUAACAUGGAGAACUUUGACCCUCUUGGUAUCCACACUGGUGACUCUAUCGUCAUUGCGCCUUCGCAGACUCUCUCCGACGCGGACUACAACAUGCUCCGUACCACCGCUGUCAACGUCAUCCGACACCUUGGUGUCGUUGGAGAGUGUAACAUUCAGUACGCCCUCAACCCCUACUCCAAGGAGUACUGCAUUAUCGAAGUCAACGCCCGUCUCUCUCGAUCUUCCGCCUUGGCUUCCAAGGCUACUGGCUACCCCCUUGCCUUCAUCGCCGCCAAGCUUGGUUUGAACAUUCCUCUCAACGAGAUCAAGAACUCUGUCACCAAGUUGACUUCUGCGUGCUUCGAGCCUUCUCUCGACUACUGUGUCGUUAAGAUCCCUCGAUGGGACUUGAAAAAGUUCAACCGAGUCAGCACUGCCCUCAGCUCCAGUAUGAAGUCUGUCGGUGAAGUCAUGGCUAUCGGCCGUACUUUCGAGGAGACUAUCCAGAAGGCCAUCAGGUGUAUCGAUGACCAGCUGCCCGGUUUCGGCGACCACGCCCAGGUUGAGGACCUCGACUACGAGAUUGCCAACCCCACCGACAAGCGACUUUUCGCUAUCGCGGCUGCCAUGAAGAAGGGCUACACUGUGGAGAAGUUGAACCAGAUGAGUAGCAUCGACCCCUGGUUCUUGACUAGGUUGCAGAGAUUGGUGAAGACUGAGCAGGUCAUUUCUGGCUACGACGCGUCUACUGUCCCCUCCGCCCUCAUCCGAAACGCUAAGCAGAUCGGUUUCGCCGACCGACAGAUCGCCAAGAUGCUCAACUCCAACGAGCUCGCUGUCCGUCGUCUUCGUAUCGAGGCUGGCAUCACUCCCUUCGUGAAGCAGAUCGACACUGUCGCUGCCGAGUUCCCUGCUUUCACCAACUACCUCUACACCACCUACAAUGCCACUGAACACGACAUUGAGUUUGAGGACAACGGUGUGAUGGUUCUCGGUUCGGGUGUCUACCGAAUCGGUUCCUCCGUCGAGUUCGAUUGGUGUGCUGUCAGGGCCAUCAGGACUCUUAGGGAGAACGGGAUGAAGACUGUCAUGAUCAACUACAACCCCGAAACCGUGUCUACCGACUACGACGAGGCGGACAAGUUGUACUUUGAGAACAUCUCUCUCGAGACUGUCCUCGACAUCUACGACGCUGAGCGCUCUAGCGGUGUUGUGUUGUCCAUGGGUGGUCAGACUCCCAACAACAUUGCUCUCUCUCUCCACCGUCAGAACGUCAAGAUCUACGGUACUUCCCCUGAAAUGAUUGACACUGCCGAGAACCGAUACAAGUUCUCCCGAAUGCUCGACAAGAUCGGUGUCGACCAGCCUUUGUGGAGGGAGUUGACCUCUUUCUCCGAGGCCAAGUCGUUCUGUGACAAGGUCGGCUACCCUGUGCUUGUCAGGCCUUCUUACGUCUUGUCUGGUGCUGCCAUGAACGUCGUCUUCACCGAGGACGACCUCAGCAGCUACCUCACCCAGGCCACCGACGUCUCUCGAGACCACCCCGUUGUCAUCUCCAAGUACAUCGAGGAGGCCAAGGAGAUUGAGAUGGACGCCAUUGCCCGAGACGGUAAGAUGGUGAUGCACUACAUCUCCGAGCACGUUGAGAAUGCUGGUGUCCACUCUGGUGACGCCACGCUUGUCCUUCCUCCUCAGGACCUCGACCCCGAGACCAUCCGAAAGAUUGAGGUUGCUACUGCCAAGAUUGGUCAGGCCCUCAACGUCACUGGUCCUUACAACAUCCAGUUCAUCGCCAAGAACAACGAGAUCAAGGUCAUCGAGUGUAACUUGCGAGCUGCUCGAUCCUUCCCCUUCGUCUCCAAGGUCACCGGUAUCGAUGCUAUCGAGAUCGCCACCAAGGUCAUGCUUGGCUUGCCCUGCACUCCCUACCCCGACAUCAAGAUGCCCCCCAACUAUGUCGGUGUCAAGGUGCCCCAGUUCUCUUUCAGUCGAUUGUCUGGUGCCGACCCUGUUCUCGGUGUCGAGAUGGCUUCCACUGGUGAGGUCGCUUGCUUCGGCAAGGACAGAUACGACGCCUACUUGAAGGCUCUCAUCUCUACUGGUAUCACUCCCCCCAAGAAGAACAUCUUGUUGUCCAUCGGUUCCUUCAAGGAAAAGCUCGAAAUGCUUCCUUCCGUGCAAAAGUUGCACCGCAUGGGUUACAACCUCUUUGCCACUGCUGGUACCGCCGAUUUCAUCCAGGAGCACGGUGUGCCCGUCAAGUACCUCGAAGCUCUCGGCUCUGAGAAUGACGACAACCCCCAGAAGAAGGAGUACUCGUUGAGCCAGCAUCUUGCCAACAACAUGAUCGACUUGUACAUCAACUUACCCUCUAAGAACAGGUUCCGACGACCUGCCAGCUACAUCUCUGAGGGUUACAAAUCCCGACGAAUGGCCGUCGACUUUGCCGUCCCCUUGAUCACCAACGUCAAGAACGCCAAGCUCUUCAUUGAGGCUAUCAUCCGAAAGCCUACCUUUGACAUCUCGAGCGUCGACUACCAAACCUCUCACCAAACCUUCACCUUCCCUGGUUUGGUGAAUGUCCAAGCGUUCGUUCCCGGUGCUGCCGCCCCCAACUCUCCCGACUUUGGGGAUGCUACCGAGGCUGCUAUCCGUGGUGGAUUCACCAUCAUGCAGAUGGUUCCUCAAGGUGUCUCCUCUGCUGUCGAGGACGAGAUCUCGCUUCAGCAUGCUCAAGCCAACGCCUCUGGCGCUGCCCACUGCGACUACUUCUUCUCUGUUGCGGCCACUGCCGACAACGCUUCUCGCUUGCAAGACGCCGUCGCUGCGGGUGCCAAGGCUCUCUUCAUCCCCUUCAACAACUUCUUUGGCUCGAUCAACAAGGUCAGCAGCAUUGCCCAGCACUUUGCUGCCUGGCCCGUUGACAAGCCCAUUGUUACCGAUGCCAGGUCCACCGACCUUGCUUCCAUCUUGUUGUUGGCGAGCUUGAACAGCAGGAGCAUUCACAUCGCUAGUGUGUCCACCAAGGACGACUUGCUUUUGAUUGCUUUGGCGAAAGAGAAGGGCCUUGCUGUCACCUGUGACGUCUCUAUCUAUGCUCUCUUCUACUCCCAGGACGAUUUCCCCGAAGCUGCCAAGGUCCUUCCCAGCAAGGAAGACCAGAAUGCUCUCUGGGAGAACCUGGCUAGCAUUGACGUCUUCUCUGUUGGUGUCCUCCCUUACGAGCUCGGUACCGCCCUCGGCAAGCCCGUCUCUGCUCGAUCUGGUGUUGCCGAGUCUAUUCCUUUGCUACUCACCGCUGUCACUGAGGGCAGAUUGACUCUUGAGGAUAUCUCUCGAAGACUCACCGAGAACCCUCGCGCCAUCUUUGGCUUGUCUGAGCAAUCCCAGACUUAUGUCGAGAUUGAGGUCAACCGAUCUUCUUCCUUUGUCGCCGACGAUUUCGAGAACACUUGGUCUCCUCUUGAUGGCCAGUCCAUCGCCGGUAACGUGCACAGAGUCGUCGCGAACGACCAUUCCAUCUUCCUCGAUGGCCAGACCUUCUCUAUGCCUUACGGCAGGGACGUAUCUGCUUCCGGACCUCGUCAACCUCGAGGCUCUUUCACCUCUAAGAAGCGACCUUCUUUGGCCGGCCUCAUGUCUCCUACCACCGAGAGGAGGGAGAAUGUUUCGGUGAACGGCGAGAAGCUCAUGUCUCUGGCCUCUGUUGCUCCUAUCCGAGAGAGCUCGCCUCAGCGAAGCUUGAUGUCCCUCCAGUCUCACCCUACCUUCUCCCGUCGUCACAUUCUUUCAGUCAACCAGUUCGACCGUGAGGACUUGCACGCCUUGUUCAACCUCGCUUCCGAGAUGCGCAUUGCGGUUGAGCGAUCUGGUUCUGUUGACACUCUGCGAGGACGAGUGCUCUGCACUCUCUUCUACGAACCCUCCACCAGGACUAGCAGCUCUUUCGAGACUGCUAUGAAGCGAUGUGGUGGUGAAGUUGUGCAGGUGACCGCUUCUACUUCAUCUGUCGUCAAGGGCGAGAGUCUGGCGGACACUAUCAGGACUGUUGGGUGCUACGCCGAUGCUGUUGCGUUGAGGCACCCUGCCGUUGGCAGUGCCAAGUCUGCAUCUAAGUCUAGUCCUGUCCCCAUUUUGAACGCCGGUGAUGGUAUCGGUGAGCAUCCUACUCAGAGUCUGUUAGAUGUCUUCUGCAUUCGAGAGGAGUUGGGAUCCGUGAACGGUAUCACUGUCACUCUGAUCGGUGACCUGAAGAACGGGAGGACCGUGCACUCUCUCGUCAAGCUCCUUUCCUUGUACGAUGUCACCCUCAACUUUGUCUCUCCUCCUUCCCUCGCUAUGCCCGACAGCGUCAAGGCCGAGGCUUCCCGAGCUGGUGUUCGAUUCACCGAAUCGUACACCCUCACCGACGAUAUCCUCGCCAGAUCCGAUGUCCUUUAUGUCACUCGUAUCCAGAAGGAGCGAUUCGACAAUGUCUCCGAGUAUGAGGCUGUCAAGGACAUCUACAUCAUCAACAACAAGGUCUUGGAGAAGGCGAAGGAGUCUGCCAUCGUCAUGCACCCCUUGCCCAGAGUCAACGAGAUUGACCCUGAGGUCGACUUUGACUCGAAGAGAGCAGCCUACUUUAGGCAAAUGCGAUACGGUCUUUUCGUCCGUAUGGCGCUCCUUACUUUGGUCUUGGGUGCUUAAGGUGAUGGAGGCAGGAAGCGUAGGAUGUCUUGGUAUACUGUAGCUAGGAGGUGUAAGGAAUUGUGGCAUACAUAGUGUUGGGUUAGCAUUUUGGAACAACCGUCUCGAUAUAAACAAAAAAUCUCUAUUGGUAGAUUCAUCUCUUCAUAUAUGUACAAAUCAGGAAUCAAUCAAAAAGUAGAAUUGCAUAUGCAUUGCUCUGGCUCG